UUACCUGCAGCCGUGACGCCGGAGUUUUUUACGCGUGGAUUUAAAGUAGAAGACAGAAAGAAACAGUCUGUUGCGAUGAAAACAAAGUGUUAUCUCCUUAUUUUGUGUAUUUCUGUUAUAUUACCUGCCCUCAGUUUUGCGUACGAGUCUCAGUUAAGUAGAGGGAGAAACGUUUUCGAAUUAGGCGCACCAAAUCACGAACCUAUCAGUGUGUCGACUACAGAAAGCCAAAAACUCCGCCAGAGGAUUUCUGGUGCCGCAGCUCUGUUGUCUUCGCUCGGUUUGGGGAGAUCCUUUCGUUCUUCGACAUUGGUAACACCUCCAUCCAUGCGUCCAGGACAGAUGCAGGCGGACUCUCCAAAUGACCCAGACGUCUCUGUAACUUGCUCCGCGUCUGACUUUGUCGUGCGGGUGAGACGAGCUUUCUAUGGUCUGGGCGCAGAUGCGCAGGAGCUGACAUUAGGCAGCGACUGCAAAAGCAACGGGGAUCUAGGGCCACACGGUGACUUACUUUUCAAGUAUCCAUUGACGUCGUGUGAUGCAGUGCGUGAGCUGCCUCGUGGUUUUCUGGUCUAUAAAUAUGUGCUUCACUAUGAGCCUUCAUCAAAACGAUUUCCAAGCAGAGCGUUGCCCAUAGAUGUCAGCAUCGAAUGCCAUUACCAAAGAGACUACUCUGUUCACCAACUGGCCGUACAGCCCACAUGGCAAACCGUCAUUGUGCGUAAAAAAUUAAAAGGACAUCCGAUGGACUUCCAGAUCAGACUAAUGGAUGAUUCUUGGAAGACACCAGCCAAAACCCAUGAGUAUCUACUUGGACAAACGGUUAAUGUGCAAGUGUCAAAUCCUCACCUUUCUCCUGGAGAAAAACUGUACAUCAAUGUCUGCUAUGCAGCACCAUCCAGUGAUUCCAAAUCCUCCCUAAGAUACACAGUCAUAGACAACUUUGGCUGCAUGCUGGACAGCAAACAGGACCCUGGGGCCUCUGAGUUUAUUUCUCGGACAGACAAGACCCUGAGGUUCUCCUUAAAGGCUUUCCAGUUUACCGCUGACCCCGACACUGAGGUCAGCAUCCACUGCAAAUUGUUAGUCACAUCGGAGGACCCAGGACCUGCGCACAAAUCCUGCACUUACAGAGGACAUAGAUGGAGGGCCCUUGCUGGUCAUGAUUCAAUAUGUGAGUGCUGUGAGUCAAAAUGUGUGACCUCUAAACACCGCAGGGCCUUGAAGGAAGGCUCUGCCAGUAGUGGGCCGCUACUGGUCUCAGAUCAGCCAUACACAGUCGAGGAUGACUUACUGCCGGUCAGUCCCUCUGCAGCUAGCAAGAUAGAGGACAAGACCAACAGAAAUGAUUACACUCAGCUGAAUAGUCCUGAGAAGAUCUGGGAAAAUGGAAAUGUGGAAAAGUAUGCUGAUGAUAAAAACACAAAGCAGCAGUUUGAAGAGCGUGAAACUAUCCUUGGAGCUGAUCCUGAACCUGAUCUAGAAAAGUUGGAUUACAUAGAGAGGGUGUUGGAGGAUGAGUGGAGUGAACCUAAAGUGAGGAAUUUCAAUAUGUUUAGGGAGGAUGGAUCAGGAGGAGAUGAGGGGGAGGAUUUUUCAGAGAUCUCUGAAGAGCACAUGAGCCAUGAGAAUCAGGAGGAAGGUGAACUGCUUCAUCAUGGGGAACAGUUGAAGCCAACAUUACCAACAAAAAGUGGCUUGCAGAGGGAGUUGGAGCCCCCUGACUGUGAGGAAGAAAACAAGAAGCAUGCAUGUAGAGUUGAAGAGGAUGGGACGACGGCCUCUGUGGUGCAGCUGAUUAGGGAGACCAGUAGAGCAGAUGUAGUGAAUGAAGAAGAAAAAACUUGGUAUUUCACAUGGAGGUAA